GAACACACUACAAGUUUGCAUUUCCUGCCGUGCAGGACAUUUUUCAGCAACAAAAGAGUGAUCAAAUGAAGAUCCUUCAUCUGUACUAUUCAUAUGGUGUAUGAUGCUCAGAAUAUAUCAUGAUAUAAUUAUAAUGACAAUGUAACUGGCAUUCACAGUGUGUGAGUGUGGUCCGGUGAAGCUACUCUUUGUACUGGACAGUUCAGAGAGUGUUGGGCUGCAGAACUUCACCCUGGAAAAAGAGUUUAUAAUUCGAAUCAUCAACAAGAUGACCAAGUUCAGCAAAGACAAGAAGGAGCUAGGAUCACGAGUGGGUGUAGUUCAGUACAGCCAUGACAGCACCCAGGAGCUGGUAUCUAUGGAGGACCCCAAGAUCACCACAGUAGCACAGCUCAAAAGCUCGGUGAGAAAGAUGCGCUGGAUUGCCGGUGGUACGUACACGGGAGAGGCGCUGGAUUUUGCCCGGCAGGCAUUCGGCAGCUCCCAGCUGGACCGGAAGGUGGCCAUAGUCUUGACAGACGGACGGUCGGACACCCGCCGGGACGCCAAACCGCUGUCCUCCCUCUGCUCUGUGCCCAAUAUAAGGGUGGUGGGCAUUGGCAUAGGUGACAUCUUCAGACGGGCGUCCUACGGCACCAUGCUGGAGGAGAUCACCUGUCUGGGCACAGCCUCACAUGGACUCUACCUGAAGAUUACAGACCACGUGCAACUGCUGGAGGACUCCUUGUUCAACAACGUUACUGGCUAUAUCUGCCAAGAUAAGAAAUGUCCUGAUUACACCUGUCCAGCCAACUUCCAGGAAGCUACAGACAUAGUCUUCAUGUUGGACGGCUCCUCCAGUGUGGGCCAGGCCAACUUCUACAGAGCCAGAGAGUUUGUUGAGAACAUGGCCGCCAGGCUGCUGUCACAGAACUGGGGAGGGCUGCUCCGCCUCUCCGUCAUGCAGUACAGCGAUGGGCAGCAGCAGAGAGUGGAGGUGCCCUUCACUGCCAAGGUUGAGGAUGUGCUAGCGGGGCUAGCAGCUACGCUCUACAUGGACGGGGCCACCGACUUACCAGCUGCCCUGGCCUUCCUGACCUCCACCCUCCAGAGGGAGGGCCGCUCUGCUGUCCCCAGGAAAGUGGUGGUGUUCACGGACGGCAGGUCUGUGGCCUCUGCCCGGGCUGCUAUCCCCAGAGCCGCCGCCGCCGCUCUGGCAGAGAACACACAGCUGCUGGCCGUCACUGUGGGCGAGGGCUUUGACGAGGCGGGCGUGUGCCAGCUGGUGACGGGACAGGCGAACGGGUUUGAUUACCGCGUCGUGGAUAGUCGUGUCCACCGAGUGGCGCUGUACAGUGACCUGGCCAGACGGGUGGUCAUGCAGAGCCUGGCUAGAAAGCUCUCUAAAGCUCUCUGAAGCCCUGUAAAGCUCUCUGAAGCUAUGUAAAGCUCUCUGAAGCUCUGUAAAGCUCUCUGAAGCCCUGUAAAGCUCUCUGAAGUUCUCUGAAGUUCUCUAAAGCUCUCUAAAGCUAUGUAAAGCUCUCUAAAGCUCUCUGAAGCCCUGUAAAGCUCUCUGAAGUUCUCUGAAGUUCUCUAAAGCUAUGUAAAGCUCUCUAAAGCUCUCUGAAGCCCUGUAACGCUCUCUGAAGCUCUCCAAAGCUCUCUGAAGCUAUGUAAAGCUCUGUAAAGCUCUCUGAAGCUCUGUAAAGCUCUCUGAAGCCCUGUAACGCUCUCUGAAGCUCUCUAAGGCUCUCUGAAGCUCUCCAAAGCUCUCUGGAGCUCUCUAACGCUCUUAAAGACCUCCCUACUACUGAACUGUCUAUGAAUUGUUCUGUUGUGCCAUGUAUUAGGCCAUUAAGAAAUUAGAUAUGGUGCACAUUUUAUACUUUUGUGUUUUCCUUCUGCCUUUGAGGGCCUCCUGCUUUUCAUGUGAAAUAAAAUGAAUAUGUUUGUCAUAAGAAGCACUUGGGUAGAUUAAUAAACGUUACGCUGUAAGUUUGGUGAUAAGAUGAACAGUUUUCAGUUUUCUUUUGAGAUCUUGACAAAUAAAAUAUUGGACAAACUAACUAGCUAA